UGUUGUUGUUACGACUAAUCAGUUGUUAGUCGAUCAUUGCAAUUUAUAACUGAAUCUAUUAUUAGUGGAAUUACCUAACUAGCAAAUUAGUUAACUACUGCACAACACUGGUUUCCCGCAAAUACUAAUGCGACUUCUCGAGCCCCCUGCCCCGGAUUCAUAUCCACAAUCCACUUUAUAGUUCGACGCAUUUGAAUUUUUCCACCGUUGAAUAACACUGGCCACAGUACUGCGAUUCACGUCAAACUGGUGGAACCAAUGGAAACGAAAUCCCGAACUUAACGGCAAAUAGCUGAGACAAACACCCGAAAGAAUAAUGAUAGAUGCGCCAACUAAGAAAAAAGAAUAAAAUGCAAUUGCCGCACGCUCUUGAAGACAGUCAAGUGUUGGAUUUGGUUGUGAAAUUAUCUGCUGUGGUUCUGCGUGAAGUUAUAUACCUAAAAAGCGAUUUUUAGGUUGAAAAACUACAAACCAACUUAAAGCUAGAGGUCAACUAUUUAAAAUAGAAAACCACCAUGGAACGUUCUUCUGCACCGAGCAAAUGUGUUAAAUGCGUUCAAUUCAGUGUACUGAGCCCUGAUGAAAUUCGAAUGAUGUCGGUCACUGAAGAAGGCAUCCAAUUUCCUCAAACAAUGGAAAAAGGACACCCAAAAAUUGGUGGACUGAUUGACCCUCGCCAGGGAGUAUGUGACCAUCGCAGUCGUUGCAUCACUUGCUCCGGGAAUAGAACUGAAUGUUCUGGUCACUUUGGACACAUAAACCUAGCGAAACCUGUAUUCCACGUGGGGUUCUUGACAAAAGUCAUCAAAAUCCUCCGCUGCGUAUGCUUCUAUUGCUCGAGUUUGCUAAUUUCUAAAGCUAAUUUGAAAGUUCAGAGAAUCGUUCAAAGGACCAUAGACCAGCCCAGGAGACGCUUCGCUCACAUAUAUGAGCUAUCCAAGACAGUUCAUUACUGUGGCGAGAAAAAUGAAGUUUCGUCUAUGGGAGGUGCAGGCUGCGGCCGUUACCAGCCAACAAUCAGAAGACAAGGUCUUGGCCUCAUUGCGAUGUACAAGGACUCCCCUACGUCAGCUAUAACAGUUAGUGCUGAAAACGUAUUAGAUAUACUAAGUCGCAUUACUGACGAAAACUGUCUUCUUCUCGGACUAAACCCGAAGUUUUCUCGUCCUGAGUGGAUGAUUCUCACAGUUUUACCUGUACCACCAAUCGCCAUACGUCCAUCUGUUAUCUCUGGACCAGGUACUAGCCACGAUGACCUCACUCAUAAGUUGGGCGAUAUUGUAAAAGCUAACAAGUCCCUUCAAACGAAUAUUACGAGCGGAGCUCCAGACCGAGUAAUCAAUGAAAGCUUGGGACAACUACAAUUUCACGUAGCAUCUUAUAUGGACAACAAUCUCCCUAAUGGGAUGCUACCAUCUAUUCAACGUUCUGGCAAACCGGUUAAAUCAAUUGUCGACCGCCUCAAGGGAAAAGAAGGCCGUAUUCGAGGGAAUCUAAUGGGAAAACGUGUAGAUUUUUCCGCUAGAAGCGUGAUCACUGCCGAUCCCAACAUUGGGAUUGGCCAAGUUGGAAUUCCGGUAUCUAUAGCUAAAAAUCUAACAUAUCCUGAACUCGUUGGCCCUUUCAAUAUCGAUCGUAUGCAAGAACUUAUACGCCGAGGACACCAUCAAUAUCCUGGCGCAAACUACGUGACCCGUAACAACGGAGAGCGAAUUGAUUUACGAUUUCACCCUAAACCGAGCGACCUUAAUCUGGAAUGCGGCUAUCGGGUUGAAAGACAUCUUCAAGACGGCGACACGGUGGUGUUCAACCGGCAACCAUCCUUGCAUAAGAUGAGUAUGAUGGGCCAUCGCAUCAAAGUACUCCCGUGGUCAACAUUUCGUCUGAACCUUUCUUGCACGUCGCCCUACAAUGCAGACUUCGAUGGCGACGAGAUGAAUUUGCACGUACCACAAAGUUUAGAAACACGGGCUGAAGUCGAAAAUAUCCACUUGUCUUCUAAACAGAUAAUAACUCCUCAGUCUAACAAACCAGUAAUGGGAAUUGUGCAAGAUACUCUACUAGGCGCAAUGAAGAUGACUAGACGAGACACUUUUGUGGGCAAAGAGGACUUGAUGAAUUUACUGAUGUACAUACCCUCCUGGGAUGGAAAAAUACCACAAUCAACAAUUCUGAAACCAAAACACUUGUGGACAGGAAAGCAAAUUUUCUCAAUGACAAUUCCUGAUAAAAUCAACUUAAUUCGCAAGCAUUCCUCUCAUAAUGAUGAGGAGGACGAAAGCCCGUACAAGUGGAUUUCCUCGGCUGACACAAGAGUGAUUAUCGAAAAUGGAGAAAUAAUUUCGGGGAUUUUAUGCAAAAAUACACUUGGUACAUCGCCAGGAUCUCUUUUCCAUGUUUGCUUCCUAGAAGUAGGAUCUGAAACAACCAGUCAACUGUACGGAUCUAUACAGACGGUGGUGAACAACUGGCUACUAAUAGAAGGGCACAGCGUCGGAAUUGCAGACAUUAUAUCUGACUCUAUCACAUUUAAAAAUAUCCGGAAUGACAUUGAAGAGUCUACAACUAAAGUGACUCAAGCAAUUCAAGCAGCACAUGACAUGGAGUUAGAAGCAACGCCUGGGAAUACCCUCCGCCAGACUUUUGAAAACCACGUGAAUCGAAUCCUCAACAACGCCCGAGAGCAGACAGGGUCGUUAGCUUUGAAAUCCUUGACUCACUUCAACAAUCUAAAAGCCAUGGUAGUUUCCGGUUCUAAGGGAUCCAAUCUAAAUAUUUCACAAAUUAUCGCAUGUGUUGGACAGCAGAACGUCGAAGGAAAACGAAUCCCAAAAGGAUUCUACAGACGGUCUCUACCACAUUUUCUAAAAGGAGAUUGUGGAGCUAUACCUGGCGGUUUCGUCGAAAACUCCUAUUUGGCUGGACUAACACCAUCCGAAUUCUUUUUCCACGCGAUGGCUGGAAGAGAGGGACUCAUAGAUACAGCUGUAAAAACAGCCGAAACGGGCUACAUCCAGAGGCGUCUUAUUAAAGCCAUGGAAUCUGUAAUGGUAACAUACGAUGGAACCGUUCGUAAUUCAGUAGGACAAAUGCUGCAAACUCAUUACGGAGAAGAUGGAAUGUGUGGAGAAUCUAUCGAAAUUCAGCAUUUCUCUCUGUCAACAUCAGACAAAACCUUUGAAAGGCGUCACCGAUUUAACAUUCCUGUAAUGAAUCCUAAAAUAUUUGAAGAAAAGGUCUUAGAAGAGAUUAAUCAGAAUAGAGAUGCGGUCCAAGAAGUAAACGAGGAAUGGAAGCGAUUGAAGCAAAACAGGCAAUUACUACGGGAAAUAUUCCAGACUGGCGAGCUUAAAGCGACACUUCCCUGUGACCUUCAUCGUAUGAUCAAAAAUGCUCAAAGAUUAUUUCAUAUUGAUGAAAGGUUUCCCACUAACCUGAGCCCUUUAAAAGUUAUACAUGAAGUGAAGGCUUUACUCGAACGCUGUUCAGUCAAUUGCAACAAUCUAAUUUUCCAAUAUUUAAUUCGCACAACAUUCUGCUCCCAACUCGUCACUCAGAGCUACAAACUCACCAAUGAAGCUUUCGACUGGUUAAUUGGCGAAAUUGAGUCUCGUUUUCAGCAAUCACAAGUAAAUCCGGGGGAAAUGGUUGGAGCUUUGGCCGCUCAGAGCUUGGGAGAACCUGCUACACAAAUGACCUUAAACACAUUCCAUUUCGCUGGUAUAUCGUCGAAAAAUGUAACCCUGGGCGUACCACGUUUGAAGGAGAUCAUCAAUAUUUCCCGUAAUCCCAAAGCUCCAUCUCUCACGAUUUUCCUUGAAAAAUCAGCUGCGCAGGACGCGGAAAAAGCGAAAUCAAUCGCGUGUGCUAUCGAACACACAUGUCUCAGUGACAUCACACUAAGAACGGCGAUUUACUAUGAUCCAAACGUGAAAAACAGCUGCGUACAGAAAGACCAGGAAUUCAUUAAUUCGUACAUCGAAAUGCCCGAUUUCGAACCAGACGCCCUGUCACCCUGGUUGCUGCGAAUUGAGUUGGAUCGCAAACUAAUGUCUGCAAAAAAUAUUUCCUUUGAAAAAAUCUUAAGUAAAAUUGACGACGCUUUCGGCACAGAUUUGUAUUGUAUGCAUAGUGAUGACAAUGCUGCGGAGUUGAUCCUCCGCAUCCACUUAUUGAAUAAUGAAGACAAACUAGAUGAACCAGAAUUAGACCGAAUGGAAGACGAUGUAUUCCUGCGUCGCAUUGAAGUGAACCUUUUAUCAAAAAUGACACUACUGGGAAUCGAAUCAAUCAAAAAAGUUUACAUGCAUCUACCACAAACAAACGACAGGAAACGCUCAGUUGUCACGGAAUCGGGUGAACUCAAAACGAUAUCUGAAUGGCGUUUGGAGACAAGCGGAACUGCCCUUCUGCAAGUUUUGAACAUUAGAAAUGUAGACUCAGUCCGAACUUAUAGCAAUGACAUUUGUGAAACCUUUGAAGUGCUUGGAAUCGAAGCGACUCGAAAAUGCAUUCAGAAAGAAAUCAACGCGGUCUUCAGUUGUUAUGGGUUAUACGUGAACCAUCGUCACUUGGCAUUGCUCUGUGAAGUGAUGACUGCAAAUGGCCAUUUGAUGGCAAUCACCAGGCAUGGCAUUAACAAGCAAGCGACAGGACCUUUAAUGAAGUGUUCCUUCGAAGAGUGCGUUGAAACAUUGCUCGAUGCUGCAGCUUAUUCAGAAAUCGACAAUUUGCAUGGAGUUUCCGAAAAUAUAAUUAUGGGAAAGUUGCCGAAAAUGGGGACAGGUUGCUUUGAUUUGCUACUGGAUGCGGAAAAAUGCACCAAAGAGACCCAGUUUCUCAACGAAUUGCACUUUCCAACUAUGACGAACCAACUGAAAACCCCAUGGAUUGAUAAUACGCAGUUAUUUUUGUCUCCGUUUUCCUGGGAAAGGUCUCCUGCUUCUGAGUAUGGAAGCAGUUCGGCAUUUUCGCCUGCUAUAGUUUAUCCAUUUGAGUCUCCAUAUCAGACCCCAGGGCAGAACAAUGUAAGACAACUAGUUAUGCAUCAUUCGCCGCAUACCGAGUUGUUAUCUCCAGUAUACAUACCAGACAGCCCGAACUAUUCUCCAUCAAUGUCAAGUUUAUUUGGAGGUUCUUCAUGCUCCAGAUAUUUACCAGUAUCCCCAACCAUCCGAUAUUCAGCAACAUCUCCAGUGUUAUCACCUUUAUAUUCACCUGAAUCGCCAGUAUUGAAGCCUACCAAUGUUGAGUGUCCAGCAACGUCCCCAAUUUACUCCCCACUGUCGCCGAUGUAUUCACCGCUAUCUCCAUGGUACCCGACAAUUAGUCCCGCAACGUCCUCUAACAAUUUUUCAAUACGUUCUCAAUCAUUUCCUAUGUUUUCACCACUUUCUCCCCAGUAUUCCCCGAGUUCCCCAGGGUAUUCCGAAUACUCCCCAAGCUCUCCUGAAUACUCAGCUAUUUCACCACAGUAUUCCCCAACCUCUCCAAACUAUUCAUUAAUUUCACCAUUAUAUACACCAACCUCCCGGAAAUUUUUACCGAGGUCACCUCUAUAUUCAUCACCAGGAAUUCCGACAUAUUCGCCAACCUCUCCGACAUAUUCACCAACAUCUCCAAUAUAUUCACCGACAACUCCAACAUAUUCACCGACAUCUCCAACAUAUUCCCCGACCUCCCCUAAAUAUUCUCCAACCUCUUCAGAAUAUUCACCAACAUGCUCCAAACUUCACACCGACUAACUGGAAGCGCCAACCUUGAAUACAAGUGGUUGCUAGAAGGGCAUCCCCUAGAGAAAUUACCUGAUUUAUCUUAAUAAGACAAUGUAAAAUACACUCCACUGUAAUUACAAUUUAAGUAACAAAAAUAUAAGGCAUUCAAUUUCAAAA